GCUUCUUCUUCCUUCUUCUAUCUACUUAGUCCUAGCUCCCUCUCCCCUCCCUUCUUUUCUUUUCGACUUGUUUUUCUCCCUCCACCUACUGUGCUCCCCCCGGUGUGCCCGUGGUGUUUGCCAACUUCUCCCUCCAAGGCAUCAUCCGGCUUUUUAGAGUUCGUGCCAGCCCCGUCCCGUCGGGCCUUGGUUCGACCUCGUUUUCAUUUUCUUCCCGCCUAUCACCUCGGCGAUGCUAGGCUUGUCCUGCAUCUAUACGCCGGGAAGCUACCACCAGAGCAUCUGAUUCUUAAUCAGAGCUUGUUUAGGCCCUACCUCACCUUUACCAGUCUUUCGACUGGUGCUGAGCCCGGAGCGCAUGGUUUUCCAAAGCUACCGCUCCUUCACCUCUCAUCCCCCGCCCGUCAGCUAUGGCGGUCGAAUGCCACGGGCCCAUCUGGGCUGUCGAUGAUCUUUCCCGCUGUUUUCAACGCAACUAUCUUCAAGUUAUAUUUCCGCUCAUAGCUUGCGGACUCUCCCUACUCCUCAUCGCCCUUCGCAUCGCAUACGGUUGUGCCGUUUCUCGAAAAAGAGCUUCAUACAAGUUAUUGGACCACAAUGCAGCUGAAGGCGACUCGCAGGUUGCAACUUUGGAUGAUGAAGGGGAGGAAACCGACCCAAUGUUGAACAAAGCAGCGCAAUCCGAACUGCCAACAUUCGAAGUCGAUCGUCCCCGUGGUGAAAUUGCUACUUUGGCACUGGAAAUUCUCGCGCUUGCGGGAGAAGUAGCCAUCUUCGUGACUAUCAUCUCCACCGACACUUGGGGUCGGCAGGGCACCCUCCCCGCUAUCGCCAAGCUCGUGUCGUGGGGAUAUAUCUUAUUCCUGGCGUUGGUGCGCUUGCUUCUUUCGACUCUGGACCUCCACUCGUCUCCCAGGCUUUGGAACCAUACUGCGUUUUUAUACGGCCUGCAAUGGGUAUUCACGGUGUUCGUUUUUCGGUCCGCAGUUAUCCACCCAUUAUCGAAACGCGCCAUGGUCUUUAGCUCUAUCGAAUUUGCCUUGUCCAGUCUACUUUUGCUCAUUGCAGUGACUACCCGGAGAGGAAACAAGACGGUCCUGGUUUCGCAUGAUGAGGGUCUGGAGCCUGCAAGACACCCCGUUGCUAGCUUGCUCGCACUGGCUACCUUUUCUUGGCUGGACCCCCUCAUCCUUAAAGGCUAUCGACAGCCGCUGGAGCUCGAUGAUGUCUGGGAUCUCACAGCAUCCCAGAAAGCUGCCACGGUCUUGGAGGAUUUCCGCCGCAGGCAUUAUCAAGGCUCACUGGUGUGGAAGCUUUGUCGAUACUUCUACGGCACCCUCCUUCUGCAGGGUGCCUGGACCAUAUUUUCGAACCUUUUUACCUAUUUGCCCACGAUCCUACUUCGAGCUAUCCUGCAGUAUGUUGAGGAUCCAAGGUCUUCCACAUCAAACGCCGCCUGGCUUUAUGCCAUAUUGCUGUUUUGCUCUGGAGCUAUCCAAGGUGUCGCCGACGGACAAGCUCUCUGGAUCGGACGCAAGCUGGGAGUGAAGCUUCGGGCCAUCAUUAUCGGUGAGAUCUACGCGAAGGCUCUCAGGCGGAAGGCUGGCGCUUCUGUAGAAGCCGCUAAAAAGCAGCCGGAAGAACCGGCCAAGGAUCAGAAGAAAGGAGGGCUCUUCUCCUUUGGCCGCAAGAAAAAGAAGACAACAAGCGACCCUGAGACAAAUACUGCAAAUGCGAAGGAGGCCCAAGAAGAAGACAAAGAACACAUGGCCAACAUCGGUACCAUCAUCAACCUGAUGGCUAUUGACUCUUUCAAGGUUAGCGAAGUCGGUGCCUACCUGCACUUUUUGUGGGCCAGCGUCCCUGUGCAGAUCAUCAUCGCCGUAACACUUCUGUACCGGUUGCUGGGGUUCAGCUCGUUUGCUGGAAUUGUCAUCAUGGUUUUCAUGUUGCCCAUCAACCUUACCAUUGCGAAACAGUUCACGAAGGUGCAAAACCAGAUUCUGAAGGGCACCGAUGCUCGCAUCCACAGCACCAAUGAGAUUCUUCAGAAUAUUCGGAUUAUCAAGUAUUUCGCCUGGGAGCAGCGGUUCCAAGAUAUUGUGAACGAGAAGAGAAAGGCGGAGCUGAAAGCUUUGCGCUUCCGUUACAUCAUCUGGUCAACGGCGGCAACUGUCUGGUAUGGCACGCCUAUCCUCAUUACAUUCGCUUCAUUCUUCCUGUACACAGUAGUAGAGGGGAAGAAACUGACCCCCUCGAUCGCAUUCCCGGCCUUGUCGAUGUUCUCCUUGCUCCGAGUUCCCCUAGAUCAGUUGGCCGAUAUGGUGGCGCACGUCCAAGAGUCCAAGGUCUCUCUCGACCGUGUGGAUACUUAUCUCAACGAGGAGGAGACUCAAAAGUACCGUCAGCUCGAAAAGGAUGAUACUGCCGGACAGCCGCCUAAGGUCGCGCUGGAAAACGCUACACUCACCUGGGGAUCCUCUCAAGGACAAUACAAGGAUGAUCCGGCACAAGAUACCACCGAUGGUUUCCGUCUCAUCAACAUGAAUGUCGACUUCCAUGUUGGAAAGCUCAAUCUUAUUACUGGUCCGACAGGCUCUGGAAAGACGUCGCUUCUAAUGGCACUUCUGGGAGAAAUGAAGCUUGUCCAAGGAAGAGUUUAUUUGCCUGGUGGGACCGUCAACCGCUCUGAACUCCCCGUUGAUCCCCAUUCAGGACUUAUCGAAAGCGUCGCGUAUUGCGCGCAAGAAGCAUGGCUCGUUAACGCGACUGUCAAGGAAAACAUUGUGUUUGCAUCUCCCUACGAUGAACGUCGGUAUAAUGCCGUGAUCAAAGCGUGUGCCUUGGAACGGGAUUUGGCGAUCCUCGAUGCGGGUGACCAGACUCUCGUGGGAGAAAAGGGCAUCAGUCUUUCCGGAGGUCAGAAACAAAGAAUAUCACUUGCACGCGCCGUGUACAGUAGAGCUCGACACUUGCUUUUGGAUGACUGCCUGAGCGCUGUUGAUUCGCAUACGGCUAAGCACAUCUUCCGCCAGGCCUUGACCGGGCCCUUGAUGAUGAACCGAUCUUGUGUACUUGUGACGCACAACGUUGCCUUGACAGUCCUUGAAGCAGCGCAUGUUGUUGUCCUUGACAACGGUAAGAUCACUGCCCAAGGUCCCCCAGACGAGGUGGCAGCAUCAGGUGCAUUGGGCGACGAACUCCUUAAAUCCCGGCCCACUUCCAGGACCACUACUCCACGACCCUCUCGCAGACCAUCGGACCAUGGGGAACAGGAGGAAGAAUCUCAGACGAACGGCCACACUACCAGUGCACCGAAUGGAAAAGCUCAAGAGGGAAAGAGUGCCGAACCCAAAUUGCAGGAGUCAAAGGCUGUUGGCAGUAUCAAAAUGUCUACGGUCAAGAUGUACCUUAGAUCGAUGGGAUCCUGGCGUUACUGGAUUGUGGCUGUGCUAGUCUUUUGCAUGCAGCAGCUCGGUUCUGUGUCGACUAAUAUCUGGAUCAGACAGUGGGCGAACGCUUAUCAGACCGAGGAUGUUGGCGCAGAUGAUGCUGGCGACUACGCAGCAAUGACGAACCUGAAGAUCCCGUCGUUCAAUGUCGGUGGUGUGCCUAGGACCUCCACUCUCAAUGCACCCCAGUUUGGCACACGAACCGCUGCUGCCAAUGGCAAUGUGGAUGUGUCGUACUAUCUUGGAGUCUACGCACUUCUAGGAAUUGGGUUUGUUGCCAUUUCGCUGGUCAGAGAAGCCGUCCUGUUCUGGGGCUCCCUGCAGGCGUCGCACUCUAUCCACCAGCGCCUGUUGAAAGCAGUGAUGCAUGCCAAAUUCAAGUUUUUCGAUUCGACACCUCUCGGCCAAUUGAUGAACCGGUUUUCCAAGGAUGUGGAAUCGGUUGAUCAAGAAGUUGCUCCCGUGGCGAUCGGCAUGCUUCAUAGUCUGGCAUCUGUCAUCAUGAUUGUGAUUUUGAUUUCCAUCAUCACUCCUGGUUUCCUGAUUGCCGGUAUCUUCAUCACGUUGGUGUAUGUCGCCCUCGGCGCUAUCUACUUGAACUCUUCUCGUGAUCUUAAGAGACUUGAGUCUGUGCAGCGGAGUCCGCUGUAUCAGCAAUUUGGCGAGACGCUGAACGGUAUUGUUACUAUCCGUGCCUACGGUGAUGGGCCGAGAUUUAUCGUCGACAACCACCGUCGCAUAAAUGCCUACAACCGGCCCCAUAUCUACCUUUGGGCAAGCAACCGCUGGCUUGCGCUUCGAGUUGAUGUCACAGGAGCUCUGGUCUCAUUCUUCACCGCUGUUUUCGUCCUAGCGAACAUCGGAAAGAUUGAUGCCGGUGCUGCUGGACUUUCCCUUACAUACGCAGUCACGUUCACAGAGAACGUACUCUGGCUAGUCCGGUUAUACUCUGAGGUCCAACAGAACAUGAACUCCGUUGAACGUGUCAGAGAGUACCUUGAAGUCGAGCAAGAGGCAGAUGCAGUCAUUCCCGACUCAAGACCGCCGGCCAACUGGCCCAGUGGUGGUGCAGUUGACUUUGUUGGAUAUACCACUCGGUACCGACCGGAUCUUGACCCCGUUCUCCGGAAUGUGUCAUUCACUGUACAACCUGGGGAGAAGGUGGGUAUCGUCGGCCGUACCGGUGCUGGAAAGAGUUCCCUUGCUCUCGCUCUUUUCCGUGGCCUCGAAGCUGAAAAGGGCAGCAUCGUCAUUGACGACGUGGAUAUUAGCAGUAUCGGUCUUCGUGACUUGCGCGAGUCGAUCACCAUCGUCCCCCAAGACCCUACUCUAUUCACGGGAACUCUCCGCAGCAACCUUGACCCUUUCAACAUUUUCACGGACGAGCAAAUCUUCAACGCUCUCCGACGUGUACACUUGAUCGGCCCCGGCACCUCUGGCACAGCGACUCCCAUGACAACCAGCACCAUUGCGGAGCCUUCCGCAACUGCAAACGGCGUCAACAGCAGUGGUAUCCUCGACAACAAGAACAUCUUCCUGAACCUGGACACUGCGGUCUCCGAAUCCGGCUCUAACCUGUCCCAGGGCCAGCGACAGCUCUUGUGUCUUGCCCGUGCCCUACUCAAGAACCCCAAGGUCUUGAUGAUGGACGAAGCCACCGCCUCCAUUGACUACAACACGGACUCCAAGAUCCAGGAGACACUCCGGGAACUCCGGGAGAGCACUAUCAUCACCAUUGCGCAUCGUCUCCAGACAAUCAUCGACUACGACAAGGUCCUGGUCCUCGACCACGGCCGCGUCAUUGAAUAUGAUCACCCCUGGACCCUGAUCAACAAGGGUGACGGCCUCUUCCGAAGCAUGUGUGAGAACAGUGGUAAUAUGGACGGUCUUCUGGAAGGAGCCAAGAAAGCCUGGGAUCAUAAAAAUAGUGGUAAUGACUCAUAGACCAUUCCUUCUUCCCGUCUUUACGCGCCCCCCCCCCCCCACCCC